AUGCCUCUGCGCGGCCCGGUUUCCGUAACGGCAUACAGGAAAUCCACGGCCGAGAUUGUCCAGAUCGGACCCAUGACGGGCUACAUUUACGAGGACGGGUCGCACACAGACACGCGCGUCGGGUGCGCGACGCUCGAGAUCCCGCCCGGGGUCCAGGGGCCGCCGAUGCACUGGCAUCGGUUCCACGAUGAGCUCUUCUUCAUCGUCAAAGGCACGGUGCGUUUCUCCACGCCAGAGGGGGACACUGACCUUCAGGCCGGCGAACUCAUGGUCGUGCCGCCGCGGGCGGUGCACACGUUCUCGAACCCUUCGGUGACGGAGGGGGCCGAGUUCUACAUGACUGCCACUCCCGGGUACUAUAUUGACUAUUUCCGAAUGUUGGGCAAGAUCACGACGGACAAGGCAAAGCUCACACCGGCGGAGACGGAGCAUUUGAUGGCGCUCUUUGGCACGUUCCCGCCCGAGGUUGAGUCGGAGCCCUAG